CAUCAAACCCAUUCUUGGUAUAAUACCACCAAAAAGUUACCCCAUACAGAGCCCAGAUUGCCGCCACGGUGGCACCAAUCAAAGUUUGGAUCUUUCAUCCUUCCUGGUGCAACAUUCAAGGCAAAAGGGUUCGUGUAAGACUUUUGAUUCUGACUAGAUUAACUACACCAACCAAUUAAGAGAGCCUUUAUCUGAACAGCUGGGUAACCUGGCAAGUGAGCUUUGCAGAUUAUGUCGGAAAAUGACUGAAAGGUGAUAUUUUGAGCCAUUUUUCAUAGUUAGAAGUCAUUGUCUGCUGGUUGGAAUUGCAGAGCAGCUUGAGAAGGAGCCAUGAAAGAAGAGAUUGAAGAGAGUAGUAGCGUGAGGUUGUUGCGUAGUACUAGUAGCAGUGGAGGUGGGGAGUCAAGGUGGGUGGAUGGCAGUGAAGUGGACUCCGAGUCACCACCUUGGUCCUUGGGUGGGGAUCAGGAUAUUAGAGAAGGGUAUGGAUCUAUUAGAAGAAGGCUUGUCAAGAAGCCCAAGAGAGUUGAUUCUUUUGAUGUUGAAGCUAUGGAGAUUGCUGGAGCUCAUGGCAAUCAUGAAAAGGAUGCUUCUCUUUGGCAAACUCUUGCCUUGGCAUUUCAAACUCUUGGUGUGGUGUAUGGUGACAUGGGCACGAGCCCUUUAUAUGUCUUCUCUGAUGUGUUCAGCAAGGUGACCAUCACGUCAGAAGUUGAUGUCUUAGGGGCUCUAUCACUAGUGAUGUACACCAUUGCUCUCAUUCCAUUAAUGAAGUAUGUCUUUAUAGUGCUGAAGGCCAAUGACAAUGGCGAAGGAGGAACAUUUGCAUUAUAUUCAUUGAUCUGUAGAUACGCAAAAGUUAAUCUUCUUCCCAAUCGUCAGCAGGCUGAUGAGUACAUCUCUAGUUUUAAGCUCAAACUGCCCACUCCGGAACUUGAAAGGGCUUUGAAUAUAAAAGAUGCUCUGGAACACAAGUCCUUGCUGAAAACCAUCCUAUUGCUGUUGGUUCUGAUAGGAACAUCCAUGGUAAUAGGAGACGGCAUUUUGACUCCUGCAAUAUCAGUCAUGUCUGCUGUGAGUGGUCUGCAAGGUGAAAUCAAGGGAUUUGGCACAGGAGCUCUUGUUAUCACUUCAAUUAUUAUCCUCAUCGCAUUAUUCAGCAUACAGCGUUUUGGGACAAGUAAAGUUGGCGUAACAUUUGCUCCUGCCCUUUCUUUAUGGUUCUUUAGUUUGGGAUCUAUUGGACUCUACAACCUGAUCACGUAUGACAUUACUGUUGUAAGGGCAUUUAAUCCAGCUUACAUCUAUCUUUUCUUCAGAAAGAAUUCCAGUAGUGCCUGGUCUGCCCUUGGUGGUUGUGUUUUAUGCAUUACAGGAGCAGAAGCUAUGUUUGCAGAUUUAGGGCAUUUCUCUGUGCAGUCAAUACAGAUUGCUUUCACGGGUGUGGUAUUUCCCUGCCUUCUUCUAGCAUAUAUGGGACAAGCGGCCUACCUUAGCAGACACCCUGAUUCAGCUAAUAGGAUAUUUUAUAAUUCUGUCCCAGAGAGUCUUUUCUGGCCAGUUUUUGUGUUAGCCACAAUUGCUGCUAUCAUUGCCAGUCAGGCCAUGAUAUCUGCUUCAUUUUCAUGCAUCAAGCAAUCCAUGGCUCUUGGAUGCUUUCCCAGGUUGAAGAUAGUUCACACCUCAAGGAAACUGAUGGGCCAAAUUUAUAUCCCUGUAAUCAAUUGGUUUCUGAUGAUUAUGUGUAUCCUUGUGGUUGCUGCUUUUAGGAGCACUACAGAUAUAGCUAAUGCAUAUGGCAUUGCUGAAGUUGGUGUUAUGAUUGUCAGCACUAGCUUGGUGACACUCGUGAUGCUUCUGAUUUGGCAAACUAACUUGUUUCUGGCCCUAUGUUUUCCACUUGUAUUUGGAACUGUGGAGCUCAUUUACUUGUCUGCUGUUCUAUCCAAGAUCAUGGAGGGGGGUUGGCUUCCACUUGUCUUUGCCACUUUCUUUCUUUGUAUAAUGUACACCUGGAACUAUGGAAGUGUACUGAAGUAUCAGAGUGAGGUUCGAGAGAAGAUCUCAAUGGACUUCAUGCUUGAGCUUGGGUCUACCUUAGGAACUGUAAGAGUGCCAGGUGUUGGAUUACUUUAUAAUGAACUCGUUCAAGGCAUUCCCUCUGUUUUUGGGCGGUUCUUACUGGAACUUCCAGCUAUCCACUCCACAAUUGUGUUCGUCUGCAUUAAAUAUGUCCCCGUGCCGGUUGUACCUCAGGAUGAAAGAUUUCUGUUUCGAAGGGUUUGUCCAAAAGAUUAUCAUAUGUUCCGAUGUGUUGCCCGAUAUGGGUAUAAAGAUGUGAGGAAAGAUGAUCACAAUGCAUUUGAGCAGCUUCUUGUGGAGAGCCUUGAGAAAUUUUUGAGAAAGGAAGCUCAGGAGUUUGCACUGGAGAGCAGUCUGCAAGAACCCGAGUUUGAUAGCAUUUCCAUGAUGUCAAGGGAAUCUGGACCACAGGAUGGCGAUGGUAUUGGGGAGCUCAGGAUCCCAUUGAUGCAUGACCAGAGGCUGGAAGAAGAAGAAACUUUGUCGUCACAAGAGUCUGUUCCUGCACUGCCAGCCAGUGUCAUGUCAGUAGAUGAAGAUCCUAGUCUAGAGUAUGAGCUGUCGGACCUUAAGGAAGCCACUGAUUCAGGAUUUACAUACUUGAUUGGGCACGGUGAUGUGAGAGCAAAGAAAAGCUCUUGGUUCAUCAAGAAACUUGUCAUAAACUACUUCUAUGGGUUCCUGAGGAGGAACUGCAGAGGAGGUGCUGCAACUAUGAGAGUUCCUCACACGAACAUAAUGCAAGUAGGGAUGACAUAUAUGGUCUGAUGGUGAUACUCUACCGAAGCUUAAUUUGAUUUCAAUUUGGCAAAGCUUUUCUGGAAUCUUUGUGCCUAUUCUUUUUUUUAGAGGCACGAGAGAUUGUCUGGAAAGUGUAAUAUUGUUUGAAAGUUGAGUAAGGCCAAUGAAGAGAUACUACUUACUAUUAUUUGCUAUAUUGAUACGGCCAAUGUCUCUGUUGGGUCCAAACUGUAGAAAUGCAUGUUCCCUCGCACUAAUGUUGGCUUCUGCAAGGUAUGAGUGCAGGACUACGUGUA